GACAUGUGUGUUUUUGCCUCUUGUUGCGUUGUAAGGUCGUGGGACGGGAGAAUUGAAUGUAGGUUCAUGAGCCACUUGAGUCAACCCACUUUGAAACCUAAUAAACACCGGUUGGGCGGGCGCUUGUUGCUGAGGAUCUGGCUUUCACCUCCAAGUUUUAACAACACUUGCAAUUCAAUAUUACACAAAUUGAGAAGUUUUCGCACUCAACCAUCGCUCAUCUGGGUUUGUGCCAGCAUACGUGGUGCCUCAACUACAGCACCCAAUUCACCAAAUCCUGCAUGUAGCCACCAUCGGCCAUGUCACAGCCCAAAAACUGGCCCUCGGGUCUGCCAUACCUUUUAGCGCCGGCACACUCCAAGCUCCUGAGCCAAGCACAACGGCAAGCCAUCGCACAGAAACCCCCAGACGUGCCCGACAUCCCCGCGCAAGCCACCGUGCUCCCCAGCCCGCUGGUCAAGAUCACGCCCAUCACAGACGCGGGGCACCCGGCCCAGGGCCAGUGCGGGCUCUUUGCGACACGGCACCUCAAGCCAGGGACGUUUGUCCUGCCGUACCUGGGCACGGUACACCCCGGGGCCGGGACCUUGGAAGCCGAAGCCGGGACGGAGAAGUCGGAUUACGACCUGUGGCUGGACCGGGAGGCCGAGGUGGCGGUGGACGCGGACAAGGGCGGGAACGAGGCCAGGUUCAUCAAUGAUUAUCGGGGCGUUGGGGAGAGGCCUAAUGCGGAGUUUCGGGAGGUUUGGUGUCAGAGGUGGAGGCAGAAGUGUAUGGCUGUGUGGGUGCUGCCCGAGGGCAAGAAUGGACGGGGGAAGGGGGGUAUUGGGAAGGGGGAGGAGAUUUUGGUGAGUUAUGGGAAGGGGUUUUGGGGGAGUCGGAGGAAUGAGGAUGGUUGAGGUCCUUUUGGCAUUAGAAUUGUUAUUGCCUAAAUGAAGACACCUCACAUGUGAUAUAGAUGACAAUGGGUUAUUUGUAUUGAUCUACCUAUUCUGUCGUCCAAGUGGCUAGGACUGACGUCC